AUGAAAGGAAACCUUCACAACAACAACACCACCACUAUGCAUCACCAUCCCCAGCAACAAGGAGGGAGUCCAACAAGCUCCACUAGUGAAGUUGAAGCCAUAAAAGCUAAAAUCAUUGCUCACCCUCAGUACUCCAAUCUUUUGGAAGCUUAUAUGGAUUGCCAAAAGAUAGGAGCUCCACCUGAAGUGGUGGCGCGUAUGGUUGCGGUGAAGCAAGAGUUUGAGGCACGGCAAAGAUCCUCAGGUGGUUCAAGGGAUACUUCAAAAGACCCUGAACUUGAUCAAUUCAUGGAAGCAUACUAUGACAUGCUUGUGAAGUAUAGAGAGGAACUAACAAGGCCUAUUCAAGAGGCCAUGGAUUUCAUGCGAAGGAUAGAAACUCAGCUAAAUAUGCUGUGCAAUGGACCCGUCAGGAUCUUCUCUGAAGACAAAAGUGAAGGGGUUGGUUCAUCAGAAGAUGAUCAAGACAACAGUGGAGGAGAAACAGAACUUCCGGAGAUUGAUCCCAGAGCAGAAGAUCGUGAGCUUAAAAACCAUUUGCUGAGGAAGUACAGUGGUUACUUGAGUAGCCUUAAGCAAGAACUUUCAAAGAAGAAAAAGAAAGGGAAACUCCCCAAAGAUGCUAGGCAAAAGCUACUUAACUGGUGGGAGUUACAUUACAAAUGGCCAUAUCCUUCGGAAUCAGAGAAGGUGGCAUUGGCUGAAUCAACUGGUUUAGACCAAAAGCAAAUAAAUAACUGGUUCAUAAACCAAAGGAAGAGGCACUGGAAACCAUCUGAAGACAUGCAAUUUAUGGUGAUGGAUGGUCUGCAUCCCCAAAGUGCAACUCUCUACAUGGAUGGUCACUACAUGGCAGAUGAGUGA